CUUUUUCUCCUCCUCCCUCCCCCCUCCCCCUUUCCCCGUAGAAACCGCCGUUGCCGCCGCCGCCGCUCGCGCUGCUGUUCCCCCCUUUCCCCCUUCACCUGGCCGCGCCCCGAUCGCAGGCUCGCCUCCUUUCCGUCCCCCCCUCUAUGACGCGAUGGCAGCGGCCAACUUCGGAAAGAUCCAGAUAGGGAUUUAUGUAGAAAUCAAACGCAGCGAUGUUGCAGAGUGACCCAGGUUGUUGAGAAAGGAAGAAAUGUCUGCUUGUCUCAAAUGAUGGCUGGGAGAUACUGGUGUUUUCUGACUGAACAGGAAUCAUUUCUACCUUGGCCGAAUACAUGAAGCUAUGGUAACAUCUCUAAAUGAAGAUAAUGAAAGUGUUACAGUUGAGUGGAUUGAAAAUGGUGACACUAAAGGAAAAGAGAUUGACUUGGAAAGUAUAUUUUCACUUAACCCGGAUCUUGCUCCUGAAGAUGAUGAUCCCAGCCCAGAGACCCCACCACCUCCAACUCCGUCAGCUAAAGUAAACAAAAUUGUGAAGAAUCGGAGGACUGUAGUUCCUUCUAAAAUUGAAGCUCCUACUAGAGACAACAGAGUGGUUGGUUCUGCACGUGCGCGACCUACUCAACUUCCUGAACAGUCUUCCUCUACACAACAGAAUGGUAUUGUUUCAGAUAUAUCUCCAGUUCAAGCUGCAAAAAAGGAAUUUGGACUCCCUUCACGUAGAAAAUCUAAUUGUGUAAAAGAGGUUGAAAAACUACAAGAAAAACGUGAGAAAAGACGACUACAACAGCAGGAACUUCGAGAGAAACGAGCUCAGGAUGUUGAUGCUACAAACCCAAAUUAUGAAAUUAUGUAUAUGAUUAGGGAUUUCAGAGGAAGCCUGGAUUAUAGACCACUGACAACUGCAGAUCCUAUUGAUGAACACAGGAUAUGUGUUUGUGUUCGAAAGCGACCACUCAAUAAAAAAGAAACUGUAAUGAAAGACCUUGAUGUAAUAACAAUCCCUAGCAAAGAUGUUGUGAUGGUACAUGAACCUAAGCAAAAGGUAGAUUUAACAAGGUACUUAGAAAACCAAACUUUCCGCUUUGACUAUGCCUUCGAUGACAGUGCUCCUAAUGAAAUGGUCUACAGGUUUACCGCAAGGCCUUUAGUAGAAACCAUAUUUGAAAGAGGAAUGGCGACGUGUUUUGCAUAUGGACAAACGGGCAGUGGAAAGACCCAUACUAUGGGUGGUGACUUUUCAGGAAAGAACCAAGACUGUUCUAAAGGAAUUUAUGCACUAGCAGCUAGAGAUGUCUUUUUAAUGUUGAAGAAACCAAACUAUAAGAAACUAGAACUUCAAGUAUAUGCAACAUUUUUUGAGAUUUAUAGUGGAAAGGUCUUUGACUUAUUGAACAGGAAGACCAAGCUAAGAGUUCUAGAAGAUGGUAAACAGCAAGUCCAGGUGGUGGGAUUGCAUGAGCGAGAGGUUAAGUGUGUUGAAGAUGUACUAAAACUUAUUGAAAUAGGCAACAGUUGCAGAACAUCUGGUCAGACAUCUGCAAAUGCACAUUCAUCUCGGAGCCAUGCAGUGUUUCAGAUCAUCCUCAGGAGAAAAGGAAAACUGCAUGGUAAAUUUUCAUUGAUUGACUUGGCUGGCAAUGAAAGAGGAGCUGAUACUUCCAGUGCAGAUAGGCAAACACGACUGGAAGGUGCUGAAAUUAACAAGAGCCUUUUAGCACUCAAGGAGUGCAUCAGAGCCUUAGGCCGAAAUAAACCUCACACUCCAUUCAGAGCAAGUAAACUUACUCAGGUCCUAAGAGAUUCAUUCAUAGGAGAAAACUCUCGCACCUGUAUGAUCGCUACUAUUUCUCCAGGGAUGGCAUCUUGUGAAAACACUCUGAACACACUAAGAUAUGCAAACAGAGUAAAGGAAUUUGGAAUUAGUCCUUCGGACAUUCCCUUCUCACAGGGUAGUGGCAGUCGCUCUGAUCUCUCUCCUUCCUAUGAGUAUGACGACUUUUCUCCUUCAAUCACCAGAGUAAAGGAACUGACGGUUGAUCCCACUGCUGCUGGUGAUAUCCGUCCAAUCAUGCAUCACACUCCAAAUCAGAUUGAUGACUUGGAGGCACAGUGGGGUGUUGGGAGCUCACCUCAAAGAGAUGAUCUUAAACUACUUUGUGAACAAAAUGAGGAAGAAGUUUCUCCUCAGUUGUUCACUUUUCAUGAAGCUGUGUCACAAAUGGUGGAAAUGGAAGAACAAGUAGUAGAAGACCACAGAGUUGUCUUCCAGGAAUCAAUUAGAUGGUUAGAAGAUGAAAAGGCUCUCCUGGAAAUGACGGAAGAAGUAGACUAUGAUGUGGAUUCAUAUGCUACACAACUUGAAGCAAUCCUAGAACAAAAAAUUUACAUUUUGACUGAGCUUCGAGAUAAAGUGAAAUCCUUCCGCACAGCACUGCAAGAGGAGGAGCAGGCCAGUAAACAGAUCAAUCAGAAGAGACCACGUGCCCUUUGAAGCACACCUCUGCUGCUAAAGAAUGCCUGAGCCUUCCUCGCUGGUACCACGCGGUUGUAUUCGGGAACGAGGCUGCAAGAAGUCAAACUACUUGAACGAUCUCAAACUUUUGAAGUGUCUGUGGAAAUGUCCUGUUUCUCUUUCCCCUGGCCGACAUUUCAGUUGUGCGGAACGCUCCCAAGGUGCCUGCAGAAUGCUUCUCUCCCAGACAGCACAAGCCAGGCAGGUUUCGGAGCUGGGAUGCACUUUUUGUUUCAAUUGUUUUAACUUCCUCAAAUUGUGAAUCUUUUUAUGUUUAGGAAAAAAUUUUUUGCCAAUUUUUUUUAAAAUAAUGAAGUAAAAUGGUGGACUUGUAAAAACUUCACAGUAUUUUGUUUCACUUAUGUCAAGUUUUGUUGCAAAGAGCAGCUGUGCAGUUUUUGUAUGUGCAUGCAUGCCCAUCUCAUCAGUGAUUGUACAGACCUCCUCCUCUACUAGACAGCUGUGCUCACUUCCUCCCAAUCUGUGCCUUGACCAAGGCGACUUGACCCUAGACGUCCUCUCUAAAGCACAGCCUUAAUAAACAACACUCCUUAUUUGUCAAUGUAAAUUACGUUUAUUGUGUGUACAUUUUAGUGUGUAGGAAUAUUUUUUUUCUUGUGACUAGUUCUUCAUUUCACAGUUUGUGCCAUAUCAUUGACCUGGAAUUAAAAAGCUGUCUGGACUGACAGCAAGCCAUUCUGCUUUACCCUGUAAAAAUCUGGAAUCAUGAUUUAUUACAAUACCUUAAAGAGUUUAACACUUUCUUUGUAAAAGACAGAACUAUAAAUUAGUGGAUGUAUAAUAAAAGGUAACUGCUUAUGAAGGAGAGUUGUAUCUUAGGAUAAUAGAUAUACAGUACGUGUGCUAGUAUGAUGAUGUCAGAAUUCAAGUGCAAUCUGAUCUCUACAUAUGGAUAAGAGAGGUGUCGAAUAAGUGAGAUACCCCAAUAACCCCUUCUGAUGCAUGAGAGUUUACAUGUGCAUUAACUGUAGUUUGCAGGUAGUUAGUACUGUUGCUUUAAAAGAAGGUAGCCAAUGCAUAUUUUCCCUUUGUAUGGUGCCAUCAGCUGAAAAGUGGGGUGAAUUUGUACCAUUUGAGGAUUUGCACAGUAAUCUCCACUAAAGUUGUCUGAUGUAUGAAGAAAUUCCACAAAGAUGCCUGAAAGCUUCAUAAAUGGCAUUGCGUAUCCAGCACUUUGUGAGAUGGUGGCACUUCCAAUUAUUUUUGCAAAUUUAUUGGAAAUCUACCCUUUUUAAUGUAUUUUUUGCCAGAUGAAUUUCAGAGCUCUCUAGGAGUUCUCCCUAUUUCCAAGAUAGAUUCCAGGUGCUCAUAUGAAACAACCACCAUUCCUUAGAACUGUUUCACAUUUUGUUUCUGGAACAUAAGCCCGUGUGUGCUAGGGCUAAGGGAAAUAAAGGGAAAGCAGUGAGAAGAGAGCAUGAAUGAGUCCGAAUUUCUCAGUAUUCAACAUAACUCCCAUAGGAAGGUAGGCUGUGAAAGCCCCUUGUCAUGCCAUGGGGACAAAGCACCCAUCUGUAAACAUGGAACCUGAAACAGCAAUGUAGAUUUUACACCAUGUGUUUAAUAAAUUUACCUAUGAAAUAUAAA